AUGGAUGAUUUUACUACGGCUUCAUUGUCAGCUAAAUUGGCAAAAUCGAACGUUUUUAUUGUUACUGAUGAAGCCGAAAAACCACUAUUAGAAAUGGGCUUGUAUUCACCAUCAUCCGAAAUUAGUGCUAGUGAUCGUAUAUCCGGCUAUAAAUAUUACGGUAGCAUGCCGACUAGCACCGAUCCAAUGACGUAUCACUUAGAGAUUAGUUGUCAUUUGUCGUUUGUUGGUGCAACAAUAGGUCGACUGUGGCACCGUCUAAUCAACUAUUAUGCACAAGGACAUCAAAGCAGUGGAAAGACGAAAAUUAUUGCGCCAAUAAAGAAUAGUAUUAUAAAUACCAUCAAAUCCUUGGGUAUAUCAGAAGAUCAAAGUACUAUUGUGGAUGAUUUUACUACAGCUUCAUUGUCAGCUAAAUUGGCAAAAUCGAACGUUUUUAUUGUUACUGAUGAAGCCGAAAAGCCACUAUUAGAAAUGGGCUUCUAUUCACCAUCAUCUGAAAUUAGUGCUAAUGAUCGUAUAUCCGGCUGUAAAUAUUAUGGUAGCAUACCAACUAGCAAGGACACAAUGACGUAUCACUUAGAGAUCAGUUCUCAUUUAUCGUUUGUUGGUGCAACAACAGGUCGACUUUGGCACCGUCUCAUCAACUAUUAUGCUCAAGGACAUCAAAGUGACGGAUUGUCAGAACGGUCAGUUUUUUAA